UCUUCCUUUCUACUAUUUUUGUUUAUUUUAAAGAACGUUUUCUUUGCCACCAAAAUCUUCCGAGACAUUAUCUUUUUCUUUUAGCAUUAAUAAAUAUUCCUUCCCAUUCAGUUUAUUACAGGCUUUGUCAAAACUUUGCUUGCAAUAAAAGAAUACGAUUUGAUGGUUGCAACGUUGGGUUAAUCAACAUGGGAAGCUACAUAGUGAGCCACAAAUUACUACGAAACUACAUGUACCAUUUUCUUUUUGGGAGAAUGCCAAUGCACACAUUUUUCACCGUGACAAAAGAGGAAGCGAUUGACUGUGGGCUUUCCUCGUUGCUUUCCCUCUUGACAUAUGAAAAAUUCCGAGCUGCAUGGUAUAGUUACCUGAAUCUACUAGACGUAUCAUUUUCGGAAGGAUUUAGCUGUUCUGAAUGCAGGAGUAAACCAACGACGAUUGUUUUUGAUGCCACUACCUUGUCAUUCCGCAAGCAAGCGACUCACUUAUUAACAGACGAUGUUAAUGAUUCGAGGAUCAAACCUAUAAAGAGAACAAGCCAUUUCAAGGAUCGCAUUUUUAUAAGUGACCAGGAGACGCGUAGUUUGUUGAAGAGAUUUUCCUCAAGAUCUGGAAAGAAGAGCAAGGUUUUAGAUAUACAUGAGUACAAGAGUCUUCUUACCUUGCUGCAAGAACAUUCGCCCGAGCUACAUGACCUUCUCGUUUCUUUUCAAAGAGACACUGUAACUGAGGACCACAGUUAUGGAAACUUCCUCACCAACAAGGAAAAGUUAAUACCCUCUUUGUAUAAGUGUCCGCGUAUUUGGUCCCAACUUAUCAGCUCUUUGGCAAGUCCCAGUCCUGUUUGCGGUUUACUGCAUCCUGAUGAAAGCCUUCUUGACCUGCUGAAUCACAUCAUCACUACAACAGAACCAAUUGACAUUGGGCAACUCGUGGUAUUCAAAGAAAAGUGUCCAGUUCUUUUCAAUUUGUUUAUGUCCUGCGAAAAUAAUAAACCACCCGAUAUGCUGAAACCUGUUUUGAUCAAAAUGAUGGAAAAAGCAGUAAAGCCAUUUCAGACCAGAGUAGAAUGGGAGUCAUUAAAUAUUUCACAAGACAGUUCUGCAAAGACUCCAUACUCUUAUUGGCCAGCAUUGCCGCAACUUAGACGGAGAGGAGUCUAUGAAACAGACAAAAGAAAAAGCAAGACAAGGGGGGAACAAUGUACCAAAUUAGCAUUGGGGCACUCAUUUCUAUUGCCUGGCAUUUUCACUCUGUUUUGCAAACAUGAAAUUUGUUAUGGCUUUCAAGUGAUGUUGUCCAGUGAAUCGCCAAAUGUUCCAUUUGAAGUUAUCUUCACGAGGUUUGAAGAAGCUCCACUUCAUUGUAUCUACGACAAUGCUUGUAAUUUGCAUGACUUUGUCCUAAACCGACAACCAUCAUUCUUUGCAAAGACAAAAUUCUUUGUGGAUAAAUUUCAUUGGCCUGGUCACACAGGUUGCAGCAUUGGCUACAAGCUUGAAAAUUAUCCACACUUAAACAAGAUCAAUGACCAGAUCAAUGAACAAACGAAUGCUUGUCUUAAAAGAAUUAAGCCCCAACUGUCGUACAUGACAUCUCACAAUUUCAUGAAGCAUUGCUCAUUCUUCUUAUGGUUUAGAAAUGAGCUAACAAAACGCCGUAUGCUUAAAGAACGACAAUAGAAUAAAGACAUGUAUUGUAUAUACUUACACAUUUUCGAACUUCCACAAUUUUAGUAUCUUCCACACGAAUUCAUAUAAAAACAUUUCAGCGAAUAGUAUUGUGAUUUUGAACAUGUAAAUUGAUUUAUACCUAUAUAUACAUUGUCGCAUGUGGGUACAACAAAUUUAGUAUCUUCCACACGAAUUCAUAUAGAAACAUUUCAGCGAAUAGUAUUGUGAUUUUGAACAUGUAAAUUGAUUUAUACCUAUAUAUACAUUGACGCGUGUGGGUACAACAAAUUUAGUAUCUUCCACACGAAUUCAUAUAAAAACAUUUCAGCGAAUAGUAUUGUGAUUUUGAACAUGUAAAUUGAUUUAUACCUAUAUAUACAUUGUCGCAUGUGGGUACAACAAAUUUAGUAUCUUCCACACGAAUUCAUAUAGAAACAUUUCAGCGAAUAGUAUUGUGAUUUUGAACAUGUAAAUUGAUUUAUACCUAUAUAUACAUUGACGCGUGUGGGUACAACAAAUUUAGUAUCUUCCACACGAAUUCAUAUAAAAACAUUUCAGCGAAUAGUAUUGUGAUUUUGAACAUGUAAAUUGAUUUAUACCUAUAUAUACAUUGUCGCAUGUGGGUACAACAAAUUUAGUAUCUUCCACACGAAUUCAUAUAAAAACAUUUCAGCGAAUAAUAUUGUGAUUUUGAACAUGUAAAUUGAUUUAUACCU